AUGGCUCAUCAGACUCAGCGGACAGAGGCCAUUGUCUCGCGUCCUCCAGUUGACGGGAAGAGACAAUGGAAUCUCGAGAGCGUCGAGGUUCCGCCGCUCAAUGACAAUGAGGUUCUCGUCGAGGUUGUUGCGUCUGGCAUUUGCCAUACCGACCUGGGUUGUGGCUCUGCGCCAGACGGCACCCCGGGCUUCCCUCUGCCGCCUUACCCGCGAGUGCUGGGACAUGAGGGAGCCGGCCACGUCAAGGCCGUCGGAUCCAAAGUCUCGCACGUCAAGCCCGGGGACGCGGUGCUCCUCUCCUUCGCCUUCUGCAGCGAAUGCCACAACUGCAAAUUCGGCGCCCCGGGCUACUGCGCAAAGUUCAACCAGCUCAACUUCACCGGCGACGGGCAGGCCUUCAAGGGGACGACGGACCCGAACGAGAACAUUGGAGGGUCGUUCUUCGGCCAGUCGAGUUUCUCGCGUCUGACGCGGGUGCAAGAGACGUCUGUAGUGAAUGUGUCGGCUCUGGUGAGCGGUGAGGAUGACUUGAAGCUGUUUGCGCCGUUGGGGUGUGGGAUUCAGACUGGUGCGGGAACCAUCACAGAACUCGGAUCCGCCGGCCCGGACGAUAAAGUGGCCAUCAUCGGACUGGGAGGAGUCGGACUGGCCGCAAUUAUGGCCGCCAAGCUGAAAGGAUGCAACACUAUCAUCGGCAUCGACCGCGUCCCCGCCCGCCUCGAGCUGGCCAAGAGCCUGGGAGCGACGCACGGCAUCAACACGGCCACUCUGACGGGGACAUUGGAGCAGGCGGUGCGAGAAGUCACCGACGGCUCGGGCAGCACGAUUACGGUCGACGCCACGGGCGUGGUGCCGCUGAUCAAGCAGGGAGUCGAGUUCACGGCCAACCAGGGCAAGAUGAUCCUGCUGGGCGUGGCGCCGAUGGAUUCGAAGUUGGAGAUUCCCAUCGUGCCGCACAUGGUGUCAGGAAAGCAUAUCCUCGGUAGCAUGGAAGGAGGCGUGCGGCCGGAGAAGUACAUCCCGCAGAUGAUCCAAUGGCACCGCAGUGGCAAAUUCCCCAUCGACCGGUUGAUCAAAUUCUAUCCUGUGGCUGAUUUCCAGCAAGCGAUCAAGGAUAUGGAGAAUGGAACGACGAUUAAGCCUGUGUUGGUCUGCAAUAACAAUUCUAUUUGCCCUCAAGACAAUACACUUCCGAAGUUUACUCCGGGUAUUUCUCUAUUUAUCUCGAUGGAAUUACCAUGCACUGGUUCUCCUACGCAAUGA